CUAACACCGCCCUUGACAAGAUCUUCCCCAUUCUCGAGAGUGGAACUCCUAUCGCUCAACCCUGAGGGUCUCCGUCACUCCGAUCGUCGCCGCCGAGAGCUCCUCCGCACUCCGUCCGUCGGAAAAUGAAGAAGGUCGGCAAAGUCCCGGCACCUUCAUCAAAUCUCACGACCGUUUUCCUAAGUCUGCUUCUCAUAUCCUCCGUCCACUCCUUCUACCUCCCCGGAGUCGCUCCUCGAGAUUUCCAGACWGGUGGUAGUCUUCCUGUUAAAGUGAACAAAUUGUCGUCUACAAAAACACAGCUCCCAUAUGAUUACUACUAUUUAAAUUAUUGCAAGCCCAAAAAAAUCAAUAAUAAUGCAGAAAAUUUGGGAGAAGUUCUUCGAGGUGACCGCAUUGAGAAUUCUGUUUAUACUUUCAAAAUGAGGGAGGAACAGUCAUGUACUGUCGUCUGCAGGGUAACUCUUGAUGCUGACUCUGCAAAAAAUUUUAAGGAGAAAAUUGAUGACAAAUAUCGAGUAAACAUGAUCUUGGAUAACCUUCCUGUUGCUGUUCUUCGCCAAAGGAGGGAUGGAAAUCCUUCAACGACUUAUGAACAUGGUUUCCUUGUUGGAUUCAAAGGGAAUUAUGCUGGGAGCAAAGAGGAAAAAUACUUUAUUAAUAACCAUUUGAGCUUCAGAGUCAUGUUUCACAAGGACCCUGAUACAGAUCUGGCUCGAAUUGUUGGAUUUGAGGUUACUCCAAACAGUAUUAAUCAUGAAUACAAGGAGUGGGACGAGAAGAACCCUCAGCUAAUUACAUGUAAUAAGGACACAAAAAAUUUAAUUCAAGGCAGCACUGUUCCUCAAGAAGUUGACACGAAGAAAGAGAUUGUUUUUACAUAUGAUGUUUCCUUCAAGGAAAGUGAUAUUAAAUGGGCUUCUCGGUGGGACACGUACCUUCUCAUGAAUGAUGACCAAAUUCACUGGUUCUCCAUUAUAAACUCUCUAAUGAUUGUUCUCUUCCUUUCUGGCAUGGUAGCCAUGAUCAUGAUGAGAACUCUGUAUAGAGAUAUUGCCAAUUAUAAUCAAUUGGACGCUCAAGAUGAGGCUCAGGAGGAAACAGGAUGGAAACUUGUGCACGGAGAUGUGUUUAGACCACCCAUCAAUUCUGGUCUGUUGUGUGUUUAUAUUGGAACAGGUGUUCAGAUCUUCGGAAUGACCCUUGUGACAAUGAUCUUUGCUCUGCUAGGUUUCUUGUCUCCCUCCAACAGAGGGGGGCUUAUGACUGCCAUGGUCCUUCUGUGGGUCUUCAUGGGUCUAUUUGCUGGUUAUUCAUCGGCUCGUUUGUACAAAAUGUUCAGGGGCACUGAAUGGAAGAAGAUUACACUAAAAACUGCUUUUAUGUUUCCCGGUAUACUCUUUUCAGUCUUCUUUGUGCUCAAUGCCCUGAUCUGGGGGGAGCAAUCUUCUGGGGCAGUGCCUUUUGGAACAAUGUUUGCUCUUGUCUGCUUGUGGUUUGGUAUAUCAGUACCACUGGUGUUCGUUGGCAGUUACCUGGGCUUCAAAAAGCCAGCAAUUGAAGAUCCUGUGAAGACCAAUAAGAUUCCUAGGCAGAUACCGGAUCAAGCAUGGUACAUGCAGCCAGUCUUCUCCAUACUCAUCGGGGGCAUUCUUCCAUUCGGGGCCGUCUUCAUUGAACUCUUCUUCAUCUUGACCUCGAUAUGGCUCAACCAGUUCUAUUACAUUUUUGGCUUCCUCUUUAUAGUGUUUGUAAUCCUUCUAAUUACUUGCGCUGAGAUAACAAUUGUGCUGUGCUACUUCCAGUUGUGCAGUGAAGAUUACUACUGGUGGUGGAGGUCCUACUUGACCGCCGGCUCCUCUGCUCUGUAUCUUUUCCUCUACUCAGUAUUCUACUUCUUCACCAAGUUGGAAAUCACAAAGUUCGUUUCAGGGAUCCUGUACUUCGGUUACAUGGUUAUCGUUUCGUACGCUUUCUUCGUGUUGACAGGAACCAUUGGCUUUUAUGCGUGCUUCUGGUUUGUCAGAAAGAUCUACUCCUCCGUGAAGAUCGACUGAUUCGGCUCAGAGGCUGUUCAGUUCAGACUAUUUGUGAAUCGAGGUAAACGGGAAGAGCUGAAAGGUGAGAAAAUUUUCAACUCGGAUUGGCCUUUUUUGGAUAUCAAUGGGAAAAAUUUUCUGUGUCUCUCAGACGAUUCCCUUUUCAUGGUAGAGUGUAGGUCCUCUUCCUCUUCACUUACACUAUUUGUUAAGAGCUAUGGAUCUGUUCUAUUAUGUACAAGGAACAGGGACGGUAAUUUUGGAGCUUUGUUGUGGUUAACUGGUUAUAUAUGAAUAAUUACUGAUACCAAUUUUCAUCUUUUA